AUGGAGCCCCCAGGAGCUCUAGCGGUACCACGGCCCGACACCGCCUCAGAGGAGACCCUCCCCUGCGUCGCCCCCACUCAGAGGGAGGGCGGGCGGGGCCCACCUGUUGGGUGGGCGCCGCACGUGCCGCGGCUCCGCCUCCCCCUCCCCUCCCCGCCCCGCCCAGCGGGGGUAGAUGAAACAGAGCGAGUCUCCUUUAAACGCAGGCGCACUGCUGGCGGCGGGAUUGCGCAGGCGCAGUACGUCUCCCUCCCCCUUCAGCAGGCAGCGGGGGAGAGGUUUGUCCCUGUGCGGGUACCGUCCGGAGCAGGGGUUGGGGGGGCCGGGAAGAAGGCGGGCCCUGGCAUUUCUGUGGUAGCUGCAGCACCAUCUGUGUUGCAGCAGCACCGUCAAGUUCAUCACGCGGUGAUCCCUCAUGGAAGAAGUGGGCGAUCCUCUGUCAGUGGCAUUGUGGCCACUGUCUUUGGGGCUACAGGUUUCCUAGGACGAUACGUUGUCAACCGUUUAGGUCGCAUUGGAUCUCAAGUAAUCAUACCCUAUCGCUGUGAUCAGUAUGACCUCAUGUAUCUGCGGCCGAUGGGUGACCUGGGGCAACUUCUCUUCCUAGAGUGGGACUGUAAGGACAAAGACUCUAUCCGAAGAGCUGUGGAACACAGCAAUGUGGUCAUUAAUCUCGUUGGAAAGGAAUGGGAAACAAAAAAUUUCAGUUUUGAAGAUGAAUUUGUAAAUAUUCCCAGAAGUAUUGCACAGAUAUCUAGGGAAGCUGGUGUGGAAACACUCAUUCAUAUCUCUCACCUGAACGCUAGCAUGAAGAGUCCUUCCAAAUACCUCAGAAAUAAAGCUGUUGGAGAAAACACAGUGAGGGAAGAAUUUCCAGAUGCUAUAAUUUUGAAGCCCUCUGAGAUGUUCGGAAGAGAGGACCGAUUUCUCAAUCAUUAUGCAAACAUGCGCUGGUUUGGAGGUGUGCCUCUUAUUGCUCUGGGAAAAAAAUCAGUGAAGCAACCAGUAUAUGUGGUUGAUGUAGCAAAGGCAAUUAUUAAUGCAAUUAAGGAUCCUGAUGCUAAAGGAAAAACAUACGCCUUGGCUGGACCAAACCGAUACCUCCUGCAUGACAUGGUAGAAUAUAUCUAUGCGGUUAUCUUUCGAACCUUUCUUCCCUAUCCGCUUCCACGUCCUCUAUACCAUUUAGUUGCAAGAUUCUUUGAGAUUAGUCCAUUUGAACCAUGGUUAACACGAGACAAAGUGGACCGGUUUCACACAACAGACAUGACACUGCCUGACCUUCCUGGUUUGGAAGACCUAGGUAUUCAACCAACACCUCUAGAACAAAAGGCAAUUGAAGUUCUGCGCCGUCACCGCAGAUACCGCUGGCUGGAUGCUGAGCUGGAGGAAGCAAAACCAGCUAAGACAUAUCCCAUGUAACAGUUGGUGGUUACUUAACAUUUCUUAAACUGCCUUUGUAUGACCCAAUUUGUUUGGAGAACUGUGUACAUACUGAGUAAAAUAUAUUAAUC